UUUAAUAAUAGAAUAAUUAAUAAGAAAACACUUUAUUAUUUCUAAUAUUUUAAUUAAAUACCUUAAUUUUUACUUAAAAUAGAUAUAGUGCAGGUAGUUUGGGAAAGACCGAAAAAGAAAACUGCGAGAAUUAUGAGACAAAUGUUGUACAUAUGUUUUUAGCACAUAGGUCCAAUCUAUCGGGUCAAUUCAUUGGAUUUUUUAUCAGCCCUACUCAUAUUGUGGGCUAAUAAAAAAUAAUUUUAUCAGACUAGAAAUUUACAAUUAUAAUCUUCUAAAUUUAACAGAUUAUUCGACUCAUCUCACUACUGCGUGUUACACUGAUAUCUCUUGAUUUAGGUUGGCCGAAUACUAUUGAAUCUCAUUUAUUGUACUACUAAUCCAAUAAUGGUAACAUCUUCUUGCAAAUAAAUAAAUAAAUAAAUUUGUUUAUUAAAUUUUCCAUAUUUAAUUUUGGAUCAAUUGGAAUUCUCUAGUCUUCUUUCUUUCCCUGAACCACACUUCACUUUAUUCUAAACACAAGUUCAUUUCUACAUAAAGCUCCUCAACGACACUGUCUUUAUUCAACACCUCUCCCUCUCUACAAUAUACACUUUCUCUCACACCUUCCCUUAUUUCCCUCGCUUUGGGCCUCCUCACAGAAAUGGCAGAAGCGUAAUGCCAAUCUUUACAUGUAUAAAGAAGCCAAUAAACCCCAUAAAAACCCAAUCUUUAUGAGGUUUUGAUAUCUUGGCACUCACAUUUUUUAUAUUCAAUUCAAUGUCUGGAAACAAAGGCUUUGACUGUGGGACAGCAUCAGACCUGCUGCUCUGCGAUGAAGAAACCAAAAGCCUUUGCUUUGAUGGCGGUGAUUCCGUUGAAACUUUCAAUCAUCAAACCAAUGGUGGAAAGGCCGAGGGCAGAUCAGAAUUCAUUCCUUUCCCGUUUCUCACAGAGGAAUGCAUUGGUUGGAUGGUGGAGAGAGAAAGAGAGCAUUUGCCUCGAAAUGAUUAUCUCGUGAGGUUGAGGAGUGGGGAGUUGGAUUUGAGUUUCAGAAGGGAGGCUCUUGAUUGGAUGUUCAAGGCUUGUGCUCAUCACAAAUUUGGAGAAUUUUGCUUGUAUUUAGCAAUGAAUUACUUGGAUCGGUUUCUGUCAAUGUAUAGCCUCCCUAAGGGUAAGCAUUGGGUGAUUCAGUUGAUUGCAGUGUCUUGCUUAUCGUUGGCAGCCAAAACGGACGAGGUUAACGUGUCUUCUCUAGUCGAUUUACAGGCAGGGGAGCCGGAGUUCUUGUUUGAAGGGAAGACCAUACAAAGAAUGGAGAUGUUCGUGCUGAGCUACUUGAAUUGGAAUGUCAACCCUUACACUCCAUUGAACUUCAUAGAGUUCUACCUGAGGAAAACAAAAAGUGAUGCUCGGAUCCCACAAGGGCCGUUGCUCACUAGGUCGAAACAGAUCAUCCUUGACACGAUCAAAGGUAUUGACUUCUUGGAGUUCAAGCCGUCCGAGAUAGCUGCAGCAGUGGCAUUGUAUGUCUCAGGGGAAGUGGACGUCGAUGAGAGUUUCAUACAAGAGAAGGGGAAAGUGGUGAAAUGCCUUGAGCUGAUUCAAGAUUUGGUAUCAAUAAGCGGGGCUGCUAUGUCUACCUCACAUUCAUCGUCAUCGCCAUCGUCACCACCGUCUUAUAGCCCAAAUGCAGCAUGUUUGAGCUAUAAAAGUAAAAGGAGGAAGUUGGAUCAAAAUGGUGCCUCUUGAAUUGAUGGCAAUUUAAAUUUGGUGAGUACAUAAAACAAUAAAAGGAGGGAGAUGUGAGCAUGAAAAGAAAUAGUAGCAGACAAGCCUGGGACAAAACCAGCAAAACAAUUUUAAAAUAGAGAGAGGCCUAGAUAAAAAAGUAUAUUAGUAGUAGUAUUAUUUUUUAUAUACAGUAGAUUUGUUAUCGGGAAUAUUAUGUAUUUCCAUUUGCGUUUAAA